AUGGCCGAAAACACUCAAGCCUCGACUCCCUCGUCCCUCCCCUCUGCGCCCCAGCCCGCUGUUGGUCAAACCCAACAGUACGAUGCCCCCCAAGGCAAUGGCCAGGGCAACCAGUCCCACAUGCCCCCGCCCCCGCGCCCUCCUGUGGUCAUUCCCCAGAAUACCAAUCCGAUUCCCACGGCUAUGACCUCCCCUAUGUCUGGAGUUGCCAUGAUGUCUCCUACAAACACGGGUGGAUACGUCCGCCGAGCGGCUCCUGAACCAAACAAGAGAGCCUUGUAUGUGGGCGGAUUGGAUCCCAGGGUCACUGAGGACAUCCUCAAACAGAUUUUCGAAACCACCGGCCACGUGGUCAGCGUGAAGAUCAUUCCUGACAAGAACGGACAAUUCACUACCAAGGGACACAACUACGGAUUUGUUGAGUUUGAUGACCCAGGUGCGGCCGAAAGGGCCAUGCAAACCCUAAAUGGGCGCAGGAUUCACCAAUCGGAAAUUCGUGUCAACUGGGCAUACCAGUCAAACAGCACCAACAAGGAGGAUACCUCUAACCAUUUCCAUAUCUUCGUUGGCGAUUUGAGCAACGAAGUUAACGACGAGGUGCUGACCCAGGCAUUUUCUGCCUUCGGUUCUGUCUCCGAGGCACGUGUGAUGUGGGAUAUGAAGACUGGUCGAUCCCGUGGAUACGGCUUUGUCGCCUUCCGCGACCGUGCAGAGGCAGACAAGGCCCUCAACUCGAUGGAUGGUGAAUGGCUUGGCUCUCGUGCUAUCCGCUGCAACUGGGCCAACCAAAAGGGCCAGCCCUCGAUUUCCCAGCAGCAGGCUCUGGUUGCUAUGGGCAUGACACCCACAACUCCUUUCGGCCAUCACCACUUCCCUACCCACGGCAUCCAGAGCUACGAUAUGGUUGCCCAGCAGACCCCUCAGUGGCAGACUACUUGCUACGUGGGCAACCUAACCCCUUACACUACUCAGAAUGAUCUAGUUCCCCUGUUCCAGAACUUUGGCUAUGUUCUUGAAACUCGCCUUCAGGCCGACCGUGGCUUUGCAUUCGUGAAGAUGGAUUCACACGAGAAUGCUGCCUCUGCGAUCUGCCAGCUGAAUGGUUACAACGUCAAUGGCCGUCCUCUGAAGUGUAGCUGGGGUAAGGACCGUCCUCCGACCGGUCAGUUCGACAGCUUUUCUCCCCAGCAGGGUAACGCCGCUCCCUUCAAUAACAGCCCUGCUGGUUUCUUCCCUCAAUACGGUGGUCCUGCCAACCCUAUGAACCAAGGUCCUGCCCCUGCUGGUCGAGGCUGGGAUCAACAAGCUAACAACUUCAACGGACCUGCCAUGGCUGGCCAAGGCUACGCCCAGGCAGGUAAUGCCGGAGGUUACGGCCGUGGCCAACCCAUGUCCCCGUCCGGCAACUGGGACCAAUCCAACAACUUCAACGGAGGCUACCAGGCGUAG